CUGAGGAGGGUAAUAACAAAACCAUAGAUCAGUCGCUACCUAAUACUGAUAAAAUGGAUGGUGGAAUAGGUUCACGUAAACCUAGUCAUACGAAGCAGGUUGAUUCCGGAAGUAAUGAUGCAUCUACGUUUUCCUCGGAAAAUAAAUUGGAUGCCCCAUCCGAUAGCGACUUUAAGGAAGAUACCACGAGUAAACAAAAUUAUGACGCAGGACUAUCAGCCAGUGAUGAUGAUGAUGCAAUAGGGAUGCCUAGGUAUACCGAUAAUACACCUAGGUUCAUUUACAAAAGAAGCGCCACAUCGCACAAAGUACCAGGUAUUCCGGCCAAAGCUCUUAAGAGACCUCGUAAAAACAAAGCAAAAUGGCUGCCAUUUUAAACACUCUAUUAGGAC